AUGUCCGAUCAUCAUCAUCAUCAUCAUCAUCAUCAACAAAAACGUAGGCAGAAGAUAUUUGGAAUUGAAUCUACAGCAGUCACUAAGAGCGUUACUGCUGUUGCUGAUGAUUAUGCUGAUGAUGAUGACGGCGAUGACGAUGACGAUGACGAUGACGAUGACGAUGGAGAGGACGAUGUUGUUGGUUGGGGGACAAAGCUUCAUCAUCACUAA